AUGUCUUCAUCCUUCUCGUCGCAACCCCGUCCCGUCGCCAUGUCUGGCUUUUCGCAACCCUUCAGGCCUCCCACCAGCGAAGGCCGCAACGGCGCUACCACCUCAGCCUCGUCCAACAACCUGACCAAAUGGCAAGGUACAUCAAAUAUCUGGAGCACCAGCUUCAGCUCGUCAGCUUCCACUGCUCUUCCGACCACCGGUCCCAGAAAUAGCCUUAGUUUUGGCACUCACAAUGGAAAGCUCAGCGGAAAGGACACAAUCGAGGGUAGAAGCGGCUCGAGCCAGCUUAUCGAAUCCUCCAUCAGUGACGAGUACGGCACAUUUCGUUCUGGCUCUUUCGGAAAGCGCGAAGAUGCGAUCCGUCUUGGAGGACCACCAUCCAAGCCCAGCGACGUCGCAUUCUCUCAGCAUCGCAGCAACAGCAACUCAGGUCUGCCUCAAGCCUACGCCGGAGCUGCUCGUGGCUCCAUGUCCUUCUCUGCUUCUUCUAGACCAGCCACCAGUGGCAUCGGCUCAACGACAUCUAUGGCGCCAAAAACACAGUUGAGUGGCACUUUUGACUCGCCUUUGUCUUAUACGGCCGACGCUCCUGCGGUCUACACCAAGUUUGACCGGACAGCUAAGCCCGCUACCUCCCGGCCAACCGAUUCGGCCUACGGCGAGUGGAUAGAUGGCGGCAGUAUAACCCAGUCUCCUGUUGAUGAAAGAAGACGUCCUUCUGCCACAGGCUCUUUCCACGGACUUCCCAGCGCUCCUCCAUCGCGCAACCACAGUUUACCACCUUCGCGACACAGUGAUAUUCAGCCUGCCUGGCCCAUUACUACCAAAUCCGACCAGUUCUCUUCCUCUCAACCGCCCACGAACUCUCUCCGCGUCAACAGUUUCUCUUCAACUUCCAGGCCCAGCGGUAGCUUUGGCGCCGCUGAUGCUCAAGCGGCCCCCCUGGCUCAUUUUCCGCAGUUGAGUUUACAAGAAGACCCUCACAGUUUCGCCGUCUCAAGACCCUCCUUCUCUAUGCCUACCGUUGCCAAACAGCCUGGGCACCUAGGGACUGACACUCGCAAUUCUUCGGCCGAUCAGUACGACGAUGUCGAGCAGAUAACUCGUGUGCCUCCUACCUUCGCCUCUGAUGCCUACCCUACCGCGGUCCAGACACCAGUCGAUUAUCCUGCCUACCGCAUGUCACAAUACUCCGAACGCUCUCUCAUCUACAAUCCCAGGAACGCAAACUCAAGCACUCCACCUUUCGUCAACCAGAGGUUCCAACAGCAACCACCUCAAGAGUUAGAUCCUCGGUACCUGCUGAAUCUGCCAUACUCUUCUGUGCCUGGUGGCUACUACUCUUACCAUCUUCCCAAUGGUUCUGCCAUCCACAACAUUCCUGCGAUAUACCCUCCUAUGCAUGCGCAGAUGUCAUUCAGCGGUGUGCCGACCAUGCCUUCUCCUAGAGGUCCACGCGAACUUGAAUCUGGCCAUAGUCUGCGCAGUGCUCUUCUAGAAGACUUCAAGCAGAACCACAAGACCAGACGUUACGAGCUCAAGGAUAUAUUCGAUCAUGUAGUAGAAUUCAGUGGUGACCAGCAUGGAUCACGCUUCAUUCAACAGAAGCUGGAGACGGCCAACAGCGACGAGAAAGAACGUCUCUUCCGAGAGAUACAGCCCAACGCCAUCCAACUCAUGACCGAUGUAUUCGGAAACUACGUCAUCCAAAAGUUCUUCGAACAUGGCGACCAAAACCAGAAGAAGAUAUUGGCCAACAAGAUGAAGGGGCGUGUUCUGGAAUUGUCGCUGCAAAUGUACGGAUGUCGUGUUGUGCAAAAGGCUCUUGAGCAUGUCCUCAACGACCAACAAGCAUCACUUGUUCGCGAGCUCGAAAAGGACGUCUUAAGAUGCGUCAAGGACCAGAAUGGAAACCACGUCAUUCAGAAGGCCAUUGAGCGCUGCAGCGAGAACGAUAUAUCUUUUGUCUUCCAGGCUUUCACUGGUCAGAUCCAACAUCUCAGUGUUCAUACUUAUGGAUGCCGAGUCAUCCAGAGAUGCCUCGAGAACUGCGAGGAAAUGACACGGAAAGCUAUUCUCGCGGAACUACACGAUUGCAUGUCCACCUUGAUCGGAGAUUCAUUCGGCAACUACGUGGCACAACAUGUUGUCGAGUACGGUUUCUUGCCUGACCGGCAAAGAGUUCUUGAGCUUGUACUCAAGGGUCUAGAAGGCUACAGCAAGCACAAGUUCGCAAGCAAUGUUGUAGAGAAGUGUCUUACACAUUCCAAGGAGGCAUGGAAGCACGAUGUCAUCGGUGUCAUUGUGCGCAACAACAACCGCGAAGGAGAAAGUAUGCUGCUCGGUCUGAUCAGAGACAACUAUGGAAAUUACGUGAUUCAAAAGCUCUUGGAACUUCUAAGCCAGCAAGACUUUGAUCACUUCAUCGAAAUUCUCCAGCCAGAACUCGCAAAAGCCAAACGAACAGGAUGUGGCAAACAAGUCACCGCGAUUGAAAAGCGCAUGCAGAGACCGUAUGACCAGAGUCUCCUCCCCCACCAGGCUGUAUUUGGUAGCAGAACCAUCUCACAGAACACGACGCCUCCACCACCACCUCUGACUGCUGAUCAGCGUAGCCUUCAGACCAGUUCUGUCGGUAGCGUUAAUGGGGACGCUCUUGAAGGUGCCACUAGCAGCCGCAAAGGCUCUGUCGAACAUGUGGUUCCUACCGUUUUCGAAGCCUAG